GUGUCAAGAACCCUGAUACUUCAAUAGGCUUCUAGCGUUACUGGCUGUGGCACCGAACUGAAGUUCUCUAGCAAGGAGAACCAAACCAUGUCGAAGGAGGACGUGGCUGUCGAGACGGCCGAGGCGACCGCCGCCUCGAAGGCGCCGUACUGGGAUCCGCCACCGGCUCCGCUGCUUGAUAUGAGCGAGCUGACAAAGUGGUCCCUGUACCGUGCGCUCAUCGCCGAGUUCAUGGCCACCCUCAUCUUCCUGUACGUGAGCAUCGCCACCGUCAUUGGGUACAAGAGCCAGUCGUCUGCCGAAGCGUGCACCGGCGUCGGUUACCUCGGUGUCGCCUGGUCCUUCGGCGCCACCAUCUUCGUCCUCGUCUACUGCACCGGCGGCGUCUCAGGUGGGCACAUAAACCCGGCGGUGACGUUCGGUCUGUUCGUGGGGCGGAAGCUGUCGCUGGUGCGCGCCGUGCUGUACAUCGUGGCGCAGUGCCUGGGCGCCAUCUGCGGCGUGGCCAUCGUGAAGGGGAUCAUCAAGCACCCCUACGACCUUCUCGGCGGCGGCGCCAACACGGUGGCCGACGGGUUCUCCCUCGGGAGCGCGCUCGGCGCCGAGAUCCUCGGCACGUUCGUCCUCGUGUACACCGUCUUCUCCGCCACCGACCCCAAGCGCACCGCGCGCGACUCCUUCAUCCCCGUGUUGGUGCCGCUGCCGAUUGGGUUCGCGGUGUUCGUGGUGCACCUGGCGACCAUACCGAUCACCGGCACGGGCAUCAAUCCGGCGAGGAGCCUCGGCGCCGCCGUCCUGUACAACCAGCACAAAGCAUGGAAAGACCACUGGAUCUUCUGGGUUGGUCCACUCAUCGGAGCGACGGUGGCGGCGGUUUACCACAAGCUCGUACUGCGCGGGGAGGUCGCCAAGGCGCUCGGCUCCUUCAGGAGCACCAGCGCGACGGUGUGAUGGAGCUGGGUGCGCGCGUGCAUCCAUGUCAACCGUGAACCCAUCUCAUUCGCCUUAAAUCCGCAUGGUCCAUGCCCCAAACUUGUUUUUUCGUCGAUUCGUCUCGUGUCGUCAUGUAUCGUCUAGUGUAAUAUUAGAUUCAUGCAUGUAGCAUGCACGCGUGCGAAAUCUACUUGUUUUUUCAUGUAUGCGUACACAUGUCAAUUGGCACGUGUGGGCGUGUGUCUGUGGCCUCUGUUCUUGAUCUGGGACUGUCCGUGAAUAAGUGCCUGGUUAUAUAUGUUC